UUCAAGGUGGAUAAAGUUCAAAUCUUUUAACUAAGUAUUCUUGUUUUCAACUUUUUCCUGAAAAAAUCUUUGAAUUUGUGUGUUUGGGUGCUGUUUUGUUCACUUCAUUUAUUUGCAGGAGCUGAAUUUUGAGCUUAAUUUUACAAGAUGGGAAAAAAAGAUCAAGAUUAGAGGAUUUAAAUUUUGAGCUGAAUUUUACAAGAUGACAAGUAAUGGGAAACAAGAUCAAGAUCAGAGGAAAAUUGUUGGCAUGGAAGAUUCUAGCAUGACAAUUGAAUUUCUCCGAGCACGAUUAUUGGCUGAAAGGUCUGUCUCACAAACAGCAAGGCAGAGAGCUGAUGAACUAGCUGAGAGGGUCUUGGAACUGGAAGAUCAGCUAAAGAUUGUGUCACUACAAAGAAAGAAGGCUGAGAAGGCCACAGCAGCUGUUCUAUCCAUCUUAGAGAACGAAGGAAUAUCUGAUGCUUCGGAGGAAUUUGAUUCAGGCUCUGAUCAGGAAGCAAUAUUCUCUAAUUCUAAAGGUGCUGACUCCACUGACAACAGAAAUGAGCGUAAGCCAAAUCCAUCAAAUGUGAAAGAAAGAGAAAAUGAUGCAGACAUCUCAAGCUCCGAGAUUAUAUCUUCUCCAUCAACUGGCAGAAGUUUGUCGUGGAAAAGUGGUAAACAUUCUUUGCCAUCUUUUGAGAGGAACAGAUAUACUGAUUCUGCCUGGAGGAGGUCUGGUAGUUUCGCGUCAACUGGGUCUUCUUCGCCAAAACGGGCUGGAAAAUCAUGCCGACGGAUAAGGCGCAAUACCACCAAAAUGGCCACUGAUGAAUGCCCCCCCGAGCAUCUUCCUUCUUUUGCUAAUAAUGGGCAUCAAUCCUUAAUGGACAGUGCUGGCAAUAAUGAUGUGAAAGAUCAACGUCACUUACCUACUUCAGAAAUGUCAGAAAAUCAAAGGAAAGCAGAUGAGAGUGAUGAAGGCAUGGAAAGAGCUUUGCAGCAUAAGGCACAGCUUAUAGGGCAAUAUGAAGCUGAGGAAAAAGCCCAAAGAGAAUGGGAAGAAAAGUAUAGAGAGAAUAACAACUAUGCACAGGAUUCAUGUGACCCCGGAAAUUACUCGGAUGUGACUGAAGAAAGAGAUGACAUGAAGGCAUUUGAGCAACCAUAUUCUGCUGAAAUGAUUAAUUUGCAAAAUCAUGCAAACAAAUUCCAGGAAGCUGAUAUUCACUCCACAAAUGGAGUUACAGACAAUGUUCCAUCCACUCCGCAUAUCGGUACAAGCUGCAGGAAGGAUCAGAACUGCAGCAGAAUUAUUAAUUCUGAGUCCCCGGCAUCAGAAUUUGCACUUUCAAAGUCUAAUGGGAGUUGUCCAGAAAAUGAUGCCCCGACACCUGCUUAUAGUCGCCAUCAGAUACCGUCUGCUAAUGGUUCCCCUAUACACCCCUUGGAGAAUAGUAUCUCGUCUUCUGGAGGUAGCAGCUUGCAAGCAGGACAUGCCUUGGUUUCUGGGGAUGCUUCAGAUAACAUAGGUUCUAUCCUGGGAGUACUUGAACAAGCUAAAUUUUCGAUUAGCCAACAGAUCAACGUCUCGCCAAUAGCAGAAGGCGAUCCGUCCAUAGAACAUUCCAUUCCUACUGCUAGAAUUGAGGACAGAUUAGACAUUCCUCCUGGAUUCCCCGGCCUUUUUAGACUACCAACAGAUUUUCAACUUGAAGCAACUACAACAGCCAGCUACCAAGGUUUUCCGUCAAGGUUCAGUUCAGCGAAUCAUUUUCAUGAAACUGGCUAUGAUCAAUUCUCAACUACCCCUUACAUGGAAUCUCCAUCAAACGCUAUUACAGGUCUACCAUAUACCACUGGAUUUGACUACGUUAAUCUUCCCUCGAGUUUUGGUCAUCCAUUUUCUAGUAAAUCAACCUACCCCACAUAUCCUUUUUGUCCGAAUACAACAACUACUGUGUCUCAAUCCCAAGCAAGUUGGAGUCCGCUAUAUGAAUCAUCACUAACCACAUUAAGCCCUGUUGUAGUGCCAAACUUGUCCUCAGGUGAAGAAGUAUUCUUAAGAUCCCAUCCGAGGAAUGAGACAGGUAAACCCCCAUCAUUUCCUGUCUCACAUUAUGAUGCUCAUCUGAGACCAAACAUGUAUAGAUAGCUAAUAUUGCUCAAAGCACUACAUUUCAUUAAGAGAUAGGCUCUAGUUUCUUCAUCCAAUAUGGUUUCUUGGACCAGUGUGAGUGGUGUAGCUAUGUAUCUAAGAUAUUUGAGUCUCUUGUUGUAU